AAUUGUGUCUCCUGCAAAUCUCCAUCCAACCAGGACUGCGAGGAGGAAAACAUACGGCUUCUUAAUGAUGAGACGGGGCCUUCUCGGGGACUUUUAUGACUUUGUAUACGUCUCGGAAAAGGGGAAGGAGCUGAUGGAGCGAAAGUGUGGGUUCCUCACCGCCAUGGUUGACCGGCAGCCGUGGUGGUUGGCCCCCAACUCCUACCGCCGCCGCUGGGAGUUGGCGAUGAACCCCAUUCUGGUGGGUUUCGCAAAUGGGGUUCUCCUGUUUAGAACCACAGAUGUAGAUGAGUACAUGGUUUGCAUUCCGGUGAGCGGAGAGUUGGUAUACCUUCCAAUGGCCCCCGGUGAGAGGGAAUCAUUCGCAAACGUUUCUGACCGUCAAAGGGAUCACUACGGUUCAUCAGCAACCGCAUUCAACUGUAGCAGAUCAGGCAAAGCGGCAUCGUCGUCGAUUCCCCUGCCUAAAGUUUUGCUUCAGGUUUGUUUGAAAUCCGAUGCAAUUGCGGAAUUUAGUCUUGCGGAGGAUGAGGCCGGUAUGGUGAUUGGCGCGACUUACUGGACGGAGGAAGAAGAUGGUCGCCUUUUGGCCCAUGAUCAGGAGGGUGGUGUGGUAGUACUAAUCCAGCCACCACCGUGUUCGGAGGAUGAAUUCGUGUGUCACAACCGUUGUUACGGUGAAUCCCAAGGAAAAGUACAUUAUGCAAGACACGAUUCAAAACAUCUAGAGGUAUGGGUUUUGGAGAAUUACAACAAGACCAGCGGCGGUUCAGCUGAGUGGAGCCUUAAGCAUCGGGUGAGUUUCGAAUUGAUGGCUUCAAACAAUCCCAACAUAUGUAGCGGAGGAGGGACAACAAUUCUGAAAUACUCUGCCGAAUGUUUUGAUCCCAACAAUUCUGGGCUGCUUCUACUGUCCGUCUACAAAACUCCAUAUUGCUUCAACGCUGCAACCAUGGAACUCAAGGAAGUUGGUGGGUCUACUUAUAAUCCCAAAGCCAAAGCCGAUGAUGAUUAUUCACAACGUAUUAAAUAUUUCCCCCUAUUAUAA